AGACCGUUCCACACGGAAACAUGGUCCACUUUGGGCUUGUUUGGCAGGACAUAACCAGAGGAUGAAGCUGAAUUAAUCUACUCAAAAUACCUCUCUUUUUAAUUUUUCUUUUUGGGAGUGAACCAAACACAGCCUUUGCUCAGUGAAUUAUUAAAACUGAUUCAUAUUAUGAAGUUUGUACUUUAUGCGGUUCGGGCUCGCGCAGAAGCUUGUCGUGGUGGAAGAGUGGCGUGGCUCGGAGUUUGACUCGGUGAGUGGCGAUGGCAGCAGAGAGCGCCGAUCCCACUAGGAUAAUGGUGGCGGUGAACCAGUCGACGAUCAAAGGGUAUCCGCACGCGUCGAUAAGCAGUAGCGGUGCUUUCGAGUGGACAGUGAAGAAAAUCAUACGCUCUAAUACUUCUGGUUUCAAACUCCUAUUGCUUCAUGUUCAAGUACCUGAUGAAGACGGCUUUGAUGAUAUGGAUAGCAUAUAUGCUUCUCCUGCGGAUUUCAUGAUUAUGAAGCACAGAGACCGGAUAAGGGGACUUCAUCUUUUGGAGUACUUUGUGAAGCAAUGCAAUGAAAUUGGGGUUGCCUGUGAAGCAUGGGUUAAGAAAGGUGAUCCUAAAGAAAUCAUCUGCCAUGAGGUAAAACGGGUACAGCCAGAUUUUCUUGUCCUUGGAAGCAGGGGCCUUGGUCCUUUUCAGAAGGUUUUUGUUGGGACCGUCAGCGAAUUCUGUGCAAAGCAUGCUGAUUGCCCUGUCAUUGCAAUCAAGCGCAAUGCAGCUGAAACUCCUCAAGACCCUGUUGAAGACUGAGAGAUUCUAGGAAUAUGAUGUGGAACCAUUCAUCAUUUGUAACUGGAACCUCUUUCUUUUAAUGUAAAUGGAGCAUUGAUUUCUUGUUUCUCUCUAUUUAUAUUUAGUUCACGAAGUUUCAAAUAGUUUUUAUCCUUAUAUUGAAUGUAACUCCUUGUUAAACCAACUCCUGAAGCAUUAUAUUACGAAUGCAAUUGCUUCGGGAUGUUUUUCUUGCCUCUUUUCCACUUGUUCUUGGAAACGGAUUUUUAUCCCUUCAUGUAUGUAUUGCACAGUACUGAAUGAGUUUCAUGGCCCUGCUUCUUGAUUUCAA